UCUUCCCAGGUCAUCAUUCUCAACGCCGAUGUCUAAGCUUUAUAUAGGGCGGCAUGCCGGAAGGCGAGAUCUUCCUUCGAACUGCUCCGCAGUACACGAAAGCGAUCGAGCGGCGAUGAGUACGAAGAACCUUCCGAUCGAGAACAAGAGAAAUGUGAGCAGAGAUGCAUAUGGAUUUCCUGUGCGCCCCCAAGACUUGCAAACGUACCGAGAGUAUACGAAUAUUUACAAGGAAGAGGAAGAAGAGAGAUCGGAGCGGUGGAAUAAAUUUUUAGAGCAAUUAGCUGGAUCUGAUGGCACACCCAACAACGACUCAAUCACAGAGGGAAAUAGAGUUGUUGGACAUGAAGAGACUUCCAGAAUGGCAGGGGAAGACAAUGUUUACGAUAAGCUUAGCCAAUGUGAUGACACAGAAGAAGUUGGAUCAGAGAAAGAGGCAAUCAAAGAUGAAACGAGAGUUGAUAAGGUCCAAUCGUGGUCCCAAAUCAGACCUUCCCUUAGAGCAAUUGAACAAAUGAUGAGCCUUCGAGUGAAUAACAAAUUCUUGGAAGGUGGUGAGAAAGGAAUCGGAAGGAGCAGAAGUAAACUUACUCCUGUUGAAGAGUCAAUGGCUGUGGAGGAAUCCGAUGAUGAAUUUUAUGAUGUGGAGAGAUCAGAGCCAAUUCAGGAGGCAUCUUGUGGAGAUAGUGGCAAUGUUGAUUUGAAAAAAAAUAUGGCUAGUCAAGGAGUAACUGAAGAGUCUUCUUUCCCAUGGAAAGAAGAAUUGGAAUGCUUGGUUCGCGGAGGCCUUCCCAUGACCCUCAGAGGAGAGCUUUGGCAAGCUUUUGUUGGUGCUGGAGUUCGCAGGGUAGAGGGAUAUUAUUGUAGUUUGCUAGAUCAAGAAGCUAUGACAGAUAUCACAGAAGCUGAUGCUCUACCUAAAAAUGAGGCUGAAAACAGAUCAAGAUUAUCUCAGGAAACUGACAAGUGGACAGGGCAGAUUGAGAAGGAUCUUCCUAGGACAUUUCCAGGUCAUCCUGCCCUAGAUGAGAAUGGGAGAAAUGCUUUGAGGCGGUUACUAAUAGCAUAUGCUCGACAUAAUCCAUCUGUAGGAUAUUGCCAGGCAAUGAACUUUUUUGCGGGAUUGCUUCUAUUGCUGAUGCCUGAGGAAAAUGCAUUUUGGACUCUAACUGGAAUCGUUGACGACUAUUUUGAUGGUUACUAUUCUGAGGAUAUGAUUGAAUGUCAGGUCGACCAACUUGUUCUGGAGGAGUUAGCACGUGAAAGAUUUCACAAAUUAGUAAAUCAUCUAGAUCAUCUAGGAGUACUGGUGGCAUGGGUCACAGGACCUUGGUUCCUUUCUAUUUUUGUGAAUAUACUUCCUUGGGAAAGUGUUCUUCGUGUUUGGGAUUUGAUACUGUUUGAUGGGAAUCGAGUGAUGCUUUUUCGAACAACACUAGCAUUGAUGGAGUUAUAUGGUCCUGCUAUUAUGACAACAAAGGAUGCAGGAGAUGCAAUUACCUUAUUGCAGACACUUGCUGGUUCUUCUUUUGAUGGUAGUCAGCUUAUUUUGACAGCUUGUGUAGGAUAUCAAGUUGUAAAUGAGAUGCAAUUACAAGAGUUAAGGACCAGACAUCGACCAUCUGUGAUCGCGUCCACGGUGGAAAGGUUAAAAGGAGCUCACAUUUGGAGAGACUGUAAAGGUGACACAAACGGCUAUGGUGAUGUUGCUGGGUCCAACUUGAGAAACUUUGAUAGCGUCCUUAGUACUGUGAUGGUUGAUACGGAGCUGAAUUUUCUAGCUGAUCUUAUAGAACAGGCCACAUGGUUAAAGGCAGAGGUAUACAAAUUGCAAGAGGAGAAAAGAAAUGCUAUCCUCAGAGCCGAGGAGCUGGAGACAGCAUUCAUUGAGAUGUUGAAUCAAGAUAAUAGUCUCAGUCUCAGUUUGAAGGUUGAGCAAUUGGAGCAAGAGGUGACUGAGUUACGGCAGGCUUUUGCACUCAAGCAGGAACAAGACCGCACCAUGCUUGAGAUACUGAUGCGGGUUGAACAAGAACAUAAGCUGACUGAAGAUGCUCGUCUCUAUGCUGAACAAGAGGCUGCUGGUCAGCGACACGCUGUGCAUCUCCUCCAGGAAAAGGUUGAAGAAGCCAUGAUAUUAUUAGAGAAAAUGAAGAACAGAGCAGUAAUGGCAGAGACGAUAUUGGAGGCUACACUGCAAUACCAAUCUGGCCAACUCAAAGCACUAAGCUCCCCAAGAGCACCAAGUGAAGACUGGUCACCUCGAAUGAGUCUAGACACUCCUCAGACCGUUCCCACUAAAAAAAUAAACCAGCUUCCAGGUCCUUUCUACUUUGGUUGAGGUGAGAAGAACAAGGGCAUAACGCAAACAAAUUAAAUCCUGGGGAUUCCAUUAAUGUGAAGCUCAGUUUUGUGAUGAAGAUAUAAGCAAGCAUAUUCCCUGUUUGAGUUGAUGUGAUUUGUGAACAACCGUAAAUGUAAGUAAACAAAUUAAAUCGUGAUUUUUUCAUUCUGUUCUAUUUGUCUAUUAUAUCAUCGCCCGAUUAUGUCAACUAAUGUUGUUAUACACCAGAAGCUCCUGUAUGUUAUUGAAUUACUCGGACGCAUUUAUAUAAAUUGAAAUACGCUAAAUAGUGAAAUAUGUUCGACGCUUUUAAUUGA